UCCAGAUGACUAAGAAUUUUACUGGUUUGGUCCCAUAACAGGUGCAUAACCAUGGGUAUUUGUUUUUUAAUGAGCUGAUUUACCAGUUGCAUCCCUAUUAUUUUCCUGCAUCUGUGGACAUCAUCGCUCCACUAUGGACAUAUAUUGCAAUUACCAAUCAAGGAACAAUCUCUUACCGACAAGUUACAGAUUCUCAUCUCUUGAAUCGGGCCUCAAAAGACAUAAAUCAAUAUUAUCCCAACUUGAACUUCUCUGCCUCAUGGGUUUUCAUUGCUACGUGGGAUAAAGUAUCGCUUUAUGGAUACAGGCGGACAGAGUCAACUUUUCAAGCCGUUCUGGUGUCUGGCAAAAACAUGUCAUUUACACUAAUGCAUUAUGGUCAUAUUGCCCCAACAUAUGAAUUUAAGUCUAGCUGUGACACAAUUGAUUCAACUGAUUUAUUUUCGAUUCCUGUCUAUGAUGCCACAAAACUGCCAUUCACAAGCAAUGUCAACAUCAUGGGUCGAUGGGUAUUUCGAACUGACAAAACAUCAGAAAUCAAUGGACUCUUCUAUCCAUUUAGGAAUGGGAACAAACUAAACCUUCAACAUUAUGAAUUUUCAGAGCUCAAUUUGCAGACACCAUUUUCUUACUUUGGGCUCACAUACAAAACUGUUAAUGUUUACAAAAAUGGAUUUCUUACUUUCAACCGACCAUUGUUUCCUUCAAGUCCCCCUACUCUUCCUGCAAAUAUAGACAUUGUUGCUCCACUAUGGACAGAUAUUGAUAACAGUGACAUUUACGUUCAAGAAUUCAAAGGUGUCCGAGUACUACAGCGAGUAACAAAUGAUAUACGUCAAUAUUUUCCUAAUACAAAUUUCACUGCUGACUCCGUUUUUGUUUGUACUUGGGAAAAUGUGACAUAUGUCAACACUUCAGCUCAGUAUUCCUCUUUUCAAGUACUGCUGAUUUCUGGUUCUGGAUUGUCAUUUAUUGUAUUUAAUUAUGGCAGUAUUCCUCAAACUACACUUACUGCAAUGGCUGGAUAUGACAUUGCUGAUUCCAGCAUUUAUUAUACAAUUACUGUGUCUAACGUCACUAACCUGACCAACUCCACAAAUGUCAAUGUUAAGGGCCGUUGGGCUUUUCGUACUUUGCCAAUAGAACAUGGUCUUUUUUAUCCAGUUGGCUAUCAGGACUCUCUGAAUCCCUGUCAAAGUAAUCCAAGCUCACCAACCCUGCAUUUGCAGAAUCCUUUCUUGUACUUUGGACGCAAAUAUCACAAUAUAUAUUCAUGUUGCUUCAGUUAA